UGCCAUCCAGUCGGUCCGCAGCCUUCGCGGAGUGCGAACUUCACAAUUGAUAUGACAGCCGCUCGCAGCAUAUGAACACACGCUGCGGUAGGGUAACGAUAAAAUUAUGACUUUUGGAGCUAACCACGUUCGAGUAAAGGAGUUUCAUAGGAUUGUUUCUAGGUAUUGGGAAGUCUCCGGUGCGACCGCCGAGAGGCGUGAAAAACUGUAAAAACAGUGUGACUGUGUUGUGUUUUUUUUUAAUGAAAAUGGUGCCCCAACAAGUGUCGGAUGUUCGGUCCAUGUCGCCGACUGCGAGCGCCGGGCCGGUGUUCGGUUCCCAGUUGGUGGACAAAAACUCGUCCACACCUUAUACGGAUGCUACACAGACGAAGAAGAACAACCCCAACCACAUCAAAAGGCCGAUGAACGCGUUUAUGGUGUGGUCCCAAAUAGAGCGCAGGAAAAUUUGCGAACAAACCCCCGACAUGCACAACGCGGAGAUCUCUAAAAAUCUGGGCCGCGUUUGGAAGACCCUCAACGACGUGGAGCGUCAGCCCUUCAUAGAUGAAGCUGAAAGGCUCAGGCAGCUACAUAUGAGGGAAUACCCAGAUUACAAAUAUAGGCCUCGCAAAAAGGCAGCCAAGCCCGCGCAGCGUACUGGAGCAGUCUCAAAACAAAAGCGCAAGCAGCGAGCCGACUCUAAUAACAAUAGAGGAGUCUCUAGAAGACGGUCGAGGCCCACGCCUCCGUCCGUCCCUAGCGUACCAGUAGAAACACCAGCGCCUACAUUAUUGCCGUUACCAGCGUCCCCAGCAGGAUCUCCCGAUUCCCCAGAGUCCGCCUGCUUUUACGAGGACAGCCAUCGCCGAGAGCAAUCAGACCUCACCGAUCUGUACUCUAUCACGGACCUGCUCCCGCUGCCGACGGACUGCGAGGUGGACCUGGACGCGCUCACGGACAUGGAGUCGUUCGAAACGGCCUCCUCCUCCUCGGGCUCGCACUUCGAGUUCUCGUGCACGCCGGACGUGUCAGACAUGCUGAGCGAGAUCGGCGUGGCGGGCGACUGGGUCGACCACACCUUCUCCUCGUACCUCACGUCCUCUUAGAGCGCGAGCGGGUCGCCACGGCCGCAGCCGUUCCACUGAUCUCAUGCGUUCGGCCCUGUGCCCACCAGGCCGACGACGCGGCGACCGCUGCCGCCCCGCCUAGAGAGUGCCUACAUCCAAAAUGACGUGUCGAUUUGGAUUCAAUGUACAAAGUUAUUUAAUAAGGAUCGAGGGUGAACUUUUGUUUUAGUGAUCAACCAACCGUUCGCGGACGAAUUCUUCAUGAGUUCUUAACUUUGGUUUCUUUAGUUUGUUUAGAAAUAAAAUCGAAUGCUCCGUGCGACGUCGUCGCAAUCGUAUCGGGUUUAAAAACAUAGGCUGUGAGUUGGUUCUCGUUUAUGUCGCUUUCGUUUAAAUUUAAUGGGGGUAAUUUCCAAAGAUCACGGCACGUCUCAGAUGCGUCUCAGUACAGAAUCCGUCUCCUCUCCGUCGCUGCCGGGCCGGUCCGGCGCGGGCCGGGCCGCGUCCGUGUUCUAUACGUGUACAUUACUCGACUUGGCUUCUAGUACAUGCUGAACCGAUAAGUUUGCGGGAAACUACACUCUUUAUUUUAUUAACAUUUUGUACUUUAAGGGCAAUCGUCAUUUUACUUUGGAAGUGUCUUAGAUGAAAUAAUUAUGUAUCAUUCGAUGAAUAGAAAAAUAAGACUAGAAUAGUCAUGUUUGUCUUGCGUUCCAUUUACUGUACGUAAGUUCACUUUAUACUUUGAUGCACGUAGAUGAUAGUUUGAAAAUUAUAAUUUUUGUUUCGGAAGCUAAUCGGUAUGUCAUUGAAAGAAUUUCGGAAUGCGGGAAUUUCGAGAAUGUUAUAGAACGGGUGGAGCCCCCACAGUUGUCCUUUUGUAAACAGUCGCCCGGUCGCUUUUGCAGCUCUAAGAUUUCAUUUUGCCGCGCGACUUUGUAAAGUGGGGGCUCACGGGUGAGAUUUCUAUUCGAGUUGGUAUUGCUAUUAUGUAUGUUAGAAUGUUAAGGUAAGAUAUAAUCUCUGUUCAAUGGUAAGGCAUGAAAUUAAAAAUGUAUAGUAACGACGGCACCCAAGAUUGAUGCGAAGGGACACUUUUCUUUCUUUCUUCACGCAAAUCUUUUGAACACAAACGUCUAUAGAAAGAUACAUAUCAAUAAAGGGAUGUAUUGUAUCGCGGGACGGUGAAAAUAAGUCGGUUCGACAUAUGCGUCAGGUUUCACUCAAAAUGUUUUGCUAUUUCAAACUCUGUGAUUUACUUUAUGGAUUUUCUAAAUUGUAAGGUUCUAGUGGAGACUGAUAACGCUAUAGAUUAGUUUUAGCCGCGCUAGCUUCUCAGAAUUUUAAUUUUUAAAACUGGUCGUGAUUAUACGGUGGCGUCGCAGCUCUUUGUGAUUAGGUGCGAUGCUUUCUCAUUUUUACUGUCUGAGUCGAAACGUCGAAUAAUGAUUACUUUAAAGUUAAAAAGCAUUUACUUUUUUACUCCGCGUUUAGUUCUGAAUAUAGUAAAAGUUAUUGUCUUACCCAACUGAAUCACAAAGAGUUUCAUGAGCACUGUGUAAAUAAAUUCACUUUGUACCUAUUUUUGAUAAUUUGUGUUAUUGUGGAAAUCUGGUCACAUCAAUGAAUAAUGAAAAUGAUGUUAAUGAUGCAACGCCAGAUGAUAUACCUGACGAAGUUUGUAAAUGUGAUGAGACAGAGUCCCACACUAAUGCAGAAGCUAAAUUGUAAAUUGUCGCUAAAGUCUGUCAAUUCAUUGAAAAUGGUGUCACUUAGUUAGAAGGUAAUGUUUACAAGAUAAUUCCGCAGUGUAAGAGUCAUUAAGAUUGAUCCUUCUAAAAUUACUAUUUCAAGUGAAAUCAAUAUUUGUAGGAUAUCUGUGUCCUUCAUAAAGUAAGGGAUCCGUUGUGGAAGAAAAUGCUUUACCAAUAUUAUUAUAUUCUUAUAAAUAUAUAUGUAAAAAAACGAGUUCAUGUAUAACUUAGUAAGUGUCUAUGAAAUCCAAUUAUUUAAAAUGCAUAAAUACAAACAUGUUAUCUAUACAUUAAUAUAACUGCGAAACUGUAAGUUUAACUGUCUUGUGUGUUCUAGGGCGAUAUUAUUAUAUUAAUAAUACAUUAUAAUAAUGAAAAGGGAAUAAAAAAAAAUUGUGCCUAAUAAUGUCUUGGAACUCUUCUAUGUAUAUUUUAGUGAUGCUCAACAACUAUUUUUAAGCGCGUAGUGUUCUGUAGAUGCUGUCAAAAUAUCUAAUACUAUAAUAAACUACAAGUAAGAUUUCCUUUAACGCCAGAUAUGCAUUUUCUACUAGUUUUGCUUCAUUAAUGAUAUUCAUAUUGGAUCUUGGAGAAAUUAUUGCACUACUUUUUUAUAAAACUUUGAAUAUUUUGAAGUGGUUUCUUCAAGGUCAUAGUAAAGUAUAUUUUUGCUACGUAAAACGUCCCUCCAUAAUUUUCAAAAUUUUGACAAUAAUGUAUUAUUUCCAUCACAUUCUUGAUCUGGACUAGUUCUUCAUAAAUAAAUGCUAAGUUACUCUUUUUUUACUUUUAUACGCUGAUGCUUUUAUUUCUAUAACAAAUACAAAAUCGUAACAAAAAUACAAAAUCCAACGAGAAAAAGCAAUACUUAAAAGUCUUAUAGAAGAGUAGAGAGAUAACCAACGCUCAAAUUUAGAAUUUAAUAUGUCCUCAGCUAAUGAAAAUAACUUAAUAGUAAACAUAAAUACAGAUUUUAACAAAGUGAUUCGUUUGGAUGUUAACAAUUAUACAAAAAUCAAUAGCAAUUAUGAUGGUACACCAUGACGGAAAAAACAUGAGUGAUUUUUAUUAGUGAGGAGUAGAUGUCGCUACCCGCAGUCUAUUGCUACAGAAUAACUAGUUGAGUAACAAUAGAUUGGGGUUUUUGGCAAAAAUAAAUAACCCCGAGAUAUCGAUAUAACACAACAUCGAAUUUAAAGUAAUUAGCGCUUCUUGUUGUGGUUCUGAAUUGGAAUUAUCAGGGUUUGAUGUUUCUUUUUAAAUGUUUAGAUAUAACUUUGAAAACUCGAAGCCUUCCUUCGUAUGUCCCUAGAUUUGAUCCUUUGCUUUAAAGCAGGCUUUCUUCGUAGCAUCUUCUCAUUGAAGGUAUAUAUAUAAAUCUAUUGCGUGUAAAUAAGUACCUAUUGAAACUGUUAAUAAUAAACGUCAAAAUAAAGCGAUACUGUGAGAAAAAUUAGAGGGUAUAAUAAAUACGCGUCUCAAAAAUAAAUAUCAUAGAGGACGUAGUUAGUUGUUGUAGGUUAUAUAUGUAAUUAAUAAUUGUUGUAAUUCAUUUAACAGCUUUGGGCUUGACAUCCAAGUAUGUAGGUGACCCCGAAUAUAGCAACACAUAGGCCUCCCUAACUGUAACAUGUAAAAUAAAACUCUUAAAUUAGUGAUUUGUACAUGCGAUUGAUCAAAAUGUUAGUGAUUAACUCACAGAACUGAAAAGUUGAAAAUAUUCUCGUUAUGUUAUGUGUUUGAAAAUUGAAUCGUAAUUAUAUCUCUCUGUAUAAUAUGUAUGUAUCACGAUUGUUGAUUUAAUUGAUAAGUAUCUUCUAUCGUAAGAAUUGUUUCCAUUUCGUCUUAGAGAUACAACGAAGCUGUCUUUUCUGUUUCUUCAUCGUCCUGCCCAGCACAACAUGUAACGAUUAAAAUAUUAUCUGGUAUCUAAUUGGUGUCUAUAAGAAGGUAAAAUUAAACAUAAAUAACCCUUGUAUUGUAUAUCAACAUCUGUAGUGGAUGCGUAUUAUUGUAAUAAUAAUGUUAUUAUCCGAUUCGUUGUUGGCGUAGCUGUGUCAUUAAUGAUAAUUGGUAUAACGAUAAAGCUAAUGAUAAUGAUAAAACAAACAAAAAAAUUCGCACAAUCUGAGUCAAGGAACUAACAUAGGUUAAACAAUAAUAGGUAGAUAUUAAUGAUUAUGAUUAAGUAACAGAUAUACUUGCAGUAAUAGACGUGAUCGAUAUUGAGGAUUUUAGUUUUCAAGUUUUCGAUGAACAUUUCGUUCACGACUCUCUUUCCAAGUCCACUCUUUACAUGCUAGUAGGAAGAACACGUGCAUUGGAAGGUUUGGAUGUAAGAAACGAAGACGAACUAAAUACCUACCUUCGUAACAAAUGCAGUUGAUUCUGUGUCAGUCACUAAAGCUUAAGAACACGAUCAAAAUGUUAUUAAUGCUUGGAUCUUUCGCGUAGUGUUCAAAUCGUUGCAACUCGAAUGAGUUUUCUAAGCAUGGUAAAGGAGGUUGUUAAUAUUUUGGAUUUCAACUUUAUUCCAGUUGUUUUACUGUAAAUAAGAUUUCGUUGAUCAAAUUGAUUAGGAACAAAAAUGUUUAUAAAAUGGUCCACUAAACUCUAUCAAGUACUAUUAAGGUAAUUUUAGUGUUACCGCAUACGUUUACUUUGAAAUUGGUGUGCUUAGACAUUAAUUUCUGAAAUCUUUUGAAAAGUAUAAUAUGCCAAACUUAAUCCUACUUUUGUAGCUAGAAAGCAUGGCUUUAAUAAAAAUACUGAAUUCGACUGAUAACAUUCUCACGUGAUUACUUUUUCUGACGCUUUACUUCCAUUCUUUUGCCAUUGGACUUUGUAAAUAUCUUGUUAAUAUUUCUUCUUAAGGCCACAUUUUGUUAAGGAUUUUGAGAAAUUUGUAACUCACACCGUACCGUGUGUUCCGAACCAUUCUAGUCUUUUUUAAGAUUUAGAACAUGUACUUUGUUUCUAAAGUCUUUAAAUUCUUCGUUGGUGUCAAGCGGAGUACCAUGCCUUGUUGCUUUACCUUCGAUGAUCGUAGUGGCCUUUAUAUCAUUGAUACCUGAUUUUAUAAUUCAAUUUAUACCAAAAAGAAAAAUGAAGCUCUUAGAAACCGUUACCGAUGGAUCUCUUGUAAGCUAACCGUUGUUCACUCAUUCGGCUAACCAAAUAUUGGGGACAUGUUGUUUUCAACUGUAAUUGGUUCUAAAGUAUUGUACAUAUUAGUGGUCAGAAUUAAUUUAAGAAGGAAAACAACGCACGUUUCUCUUAAACGAAUCAAAGAUUGCCCAAUGGGGUGUAUUUUAUAAUCUUUUGUCCGGCAAUAGUUUAAGAGGUUUUUAUUUGUAUUUCUAAGUUAUUGUCGAGGGCAGGGUUCGCCAUUGUGCCCCUCGGCCGUUGUAUAAAUUAUUGACGUGUAUUUCUUAAGAUAUCUACUAUAAUUGCAUAUAUGUACGUAGUCUUUUAAACUGUUAAGUAUGAAUAAUAAUACUGUAGUUAUGGAUUUAAGGCAAACGUGUACAUUUUGUAUCGUACUUUGUUUCAAUAAUGAAUAUAUAUUAUUAUAUGGUAAAAAUAAAUCAUCCAGUUUUUUAAAA